GAGACGAGGAGCCGCAGCAGCAGACGAGAGUAGAGAGAGAAAGGAGACGAGCAGCAGCAGACGAGAAGAGAGAGAGAUGGAGAAGUAUUUCGGGAACCCGUACAGAGGAGACCCGGGGGUUCCGCACACCGAUCCGGACCGAUUCGUGAACAUUUGGAUCGGAUCUUUCGCCUUCUCUGCAAUCACCUGGUUCAAUCCCUACAUGUGGCACCUCGCCAACGCCUACAACUGGCAUGACCGAGCAAUGAUAUUUGAACAAUACCAUUGGAAGAAAGCAAUGAAGAAGGGGGAGCCGUAUCAGUUCAAGUGGAACCAGAUGGACAAGGCGACCCGUGACUCUUACUAUUUCAACUGGCCCGUAUACUUCUCCUAGUUUCAGGCUCUCAGUUGUUUUGCUUUUACUGAAUUUCUCAAAGGCACAGAUGUGUGCUCAUCUUGCAGUGGAUUUGAUUUGAUUUUCAGAACAUGAAACAUGGUAAUAUCUUCAGGCAUAAUUCCUA